GACGCACUCUCUCUCACUCUCACUCCUCCCACCAUCCAGUGCAUUGAAUCACUCCACCGGUGCGAGGAGAGGGGGCACGCUGUAUCCGCAGCCAGGACCGAGCAGCACACAGGACGGACUAAGUGGAAACACAUGAACCGGGACUCCUGUUAGGUGCGGUCCGACCAGGAUCCUCCACACACAGCCGGCUUUUUUUUUUAUUUUUUAAUUAUUUUUUUUAUUAUUCCUCCUUUGUUUUCGGUGUAAAUAACUUCGGCUCUGUCAGCAUUCAGCCUUUCUUUCUUUCUUUCUCUCUCUUUCUCUGUGUUACUUUGGACACCGGUGCUGUCCCCGUUUGACUCCCGGGUGGAGGAGGCACAUCACCGGGGUGGUGGUGUUGGGGGUUAGAAAGUAGAAAGAAAAAGAAAAAAGACUCAACUUUACCGGGUGUCCGUGAAGCUUACUCAAAGAAACAUCAAAGAGAAAGUGAUAACAGCAGCAGCCCACAUACAGCUGCUCGUAGUGAUUGGGAUGUUAGAGCCCUGGAAGCAGGACUGAUUGAAGGAGCAUGGUGAAACACCAACCCCUCCAGGUCUAUGAGCGCCAGCUGUGUUUGUCGUGUAUCACCGGGAUCUACGGUUGCCGCUGGAAACGCUAUCAACGUUCCCACGAUGACACCACCAAGUGGGAGCUGCUGUGGUCGCUCAUCCUCCUCUUUACCUUCUGUCUGCUGCUGGUCUGGUUCUACUUCUGGUGGGAGGCACAUAACGACUACAACGAGUUCAACUGGUUCCUCUACAACUGCUCCGGGAAGUGGACAGAUGGCACCAUUCCCAUCCUGGCCACCACCGCUGCUGGCUUCACCUACAUUGCAUUUUUAAUGGUUUUAGCACUUUGUCAUGUUGCGCUUGGGCAACAGUUGAAUUUGCACUGGCUCCAUAAGAUGGGAGUGACUGCCGCUCUGCUCACCACCACUGUCGGGGUGAUAGUCGUCAAUCAAACGUGGGGACAAGAGUGGGACGUCAUCCCCAUCUCCCUGCAGGCCACAGGUCCUUUCCUGCACAUAGGGGCUAUCGCUGCGAUCACAGCUCUGUCUUGGAUUGUGGCUGGACAGGUCGCACGCGCAGAAAAACAAGUAAGCCUACCUUCUGUAACACAGAAUACAAUGUUCCAGGUGGUGGUCGUGCUGCUGUAUCUCAGUGUGUUACUGGGACUCUACAUGGUGCCGCUGUACAUCACCUCCCCCUGCAUCAUGGACCCCUCCACCCUCAAACAGCGCCCUGAUGUCAUUGGGCACCAGGGGGCCCCCAUGCUUGCUCCAGAGAACACAUUGUGGUCCUUCCAGAGAGCUCUGCAGAUGAACGUCACCGGGUUGGAGGCUGACGUGGCUAUCAGUGAGGACGGAGUGCCUUUCCUGAUGCACGACCACACCCUGCUGAGGACCACGGACGUAAAGAAGGUUUUCCCGAACAGAUCGAUAGAAAACGCCGCAUUCUUUAACUGGACAGAUCUGCAGCAACUCAACGCAGGACGGUGGUUCCUCGAGGAGGACCCUUUCUGGAUGAAGAGCACCCUGUCCAAGCGUGAGAAGGAUCUGAUUGCCAACCAGAGUGUGUGCAGCCUGGAGCAGCUUCUGAAGCUGGCUUCCUUUCAUAACAGCACCGUGGUUUUCCGGCUGAAGAGACCUCCUGCAAUGCACCCCUGCUACCACAGCUGGAUCAAUGAUACGCUGCAGGCUGUGCAGCAAUCUGGGGUUCCUCAGAGCCUGGUGAUGUGGACUCCCAAGGAAGACAGAGACCAGGUGAGACAGCUUGCACCCGGUCUGAUCCAGACCUCCAUGAAGAAACAGAGUCCUCAAAGUCUCCAGCAAUCCGGCAUCAGCAGGCUGCUGCUCAGAUACAACCAGGCCAGCACACAGGAAAUUGGAAACUUCUCCCAGAGCAACAUCAACCUCACUCUGUACACCGUCAACGAGCCCUGGCUGUACUCGGUGCUCUGGUGCAGCGGCGUGUCUUCAGUCUCCUCGGAGGCCUCACAUAUCCUCAAAAAGGUGCCUUACCCCAUCUGGCUCAUGAGACCAGAUGAAUACUGCCUGAUGUGGGUGUCUGUGGACCUCAUCUCCUUUGCUGUAGUCAUAGGAAUAUUCAUUUUCCAGAAGUAUCGUAUGAGCGGCAUGCGCAGCUACAACCCUGAACAGAUCAUGCUGAGCGCCGCGGUCAGGAGGUCCAGCAGAGACCUGAACGUCAUGAAGGAGAAACUCAUCUUCUCUGAGGUGGGGAAUGGAGUCGGCAGUGCUGAUGAGCUGUACAUGGACAACGGCUACGACUACUACACCAAUCAGGGCAUCGGCCAGUGAUUUGUGAAUCGGCCUGUGUGAACCUGCUGUAGUGAAGACGGAGACGACGGCGCUCUCGUGUGUUUACAUCAUCGUUCACGUUCAAGUCAGUGUGAAGCCUGAUCUCCUGUCCUACUGAUAAAACUGACAGACUGCUGUAUCCUGACGGAGAAAAAACUAAAAAAACGACCACCCAGUUGCUUUGUGUACAUUCUGUAAAUAGUUUUUGUGUCUUGCUUGUCAGACAUACUGUAUAUCACACGGGGACUACACGCACUUUUUAUUGAUGGAAUUCGCCAAAUCUUGUGGCCUCCUCUCUCGCAUCUAAAAUGUCCGAGAGGCCCCUCUUGAGUUACCAACGCCAGCUUCGUAUUAAAGACGCGUUUCCACAUUUCUUUAUUGUUUUGAAGCUAAUUUUUCCAAAGCAGUUUUCUUCUUUUUAACCACUGUACGAGAUAUUCUUCUCUUAGCAGAUGAAUUUAUUUUUAAAACGAGGCGUUUUACAAGGCUUAACUGCAGCAUGAGACUUCAAAAGCUAAACGGCUCAUUUUGCUCUCGCCUUCCUUCAGCACUCCGCUGUGCUGUGCUUCAUUAAAGUACUAACAUUAAUAUUUAUAUUUAAAGAGAAAAACUUAAAAAAAAAAAAACAUUAACAAGCUGUUUACAGAAGUCCUGCCUUCUCCUCCAAGUGAAAUAUUCACAUGGUGUAUGUAAGAUAAUCAUUUUUGAUAGAGGCUGAAUGCCCCCCCCCACCCUAAACCCCCACCCCCCUUUUGACCAGUGCAUGUAACCGUAUUGAUGAACUGCUGAAUGUGAGCUGUGCUCCCAGUACAACUGGUGAAAAUGGUUUGAGGGGGUGAAGAUUUCGUGUCUUUUUUGUGGUUAACGUGAAUGUGUUUUGGAGUUAUUGUUUUUUUUUUUUUUUUUUAAAGAUGUGAACGCUGUAAAGUGUGUAUUCCAGCUGGGUAUAUAUUUUGUUACCCUGAGUGCAGUGCUAUGUUGAGUGUAUUAUUGUACAUAAAAAGGUGAAUCAGUGU